AGAACUCGACUAUAGGUCGGCUACGAAAAUUUUACAUGUAGAACCAACUACCAAGGGCAUGCUGUUUCUCUUUCAUUUUCAUUUUUCAUUUUUCAUAUUAACACUGUUUAUGAAACAAAUACUGACUUUUGGAACUGUACAUAUAAAAGUUGGUGCAAACAGUGAUAUUAAGAGGGAAUAUUGAAAAGCUUAAGCCACGUUGCCACAGCAUUUGUUAUUCGCGUAUAAGCUGUUGUAAAAGCCUAUUGAUGAUACAAAGUAAAUUGUCAGUACUGAAUAUAGAUUAAAUUUAUUGUACAAUUAUUAAAUAGGAAAACCGUCAAGAUUAAUGGUGACGGAGAAGCAAACAAGGCCUAUAAGUAUAUAGGUUUUUGAAUGAGGCAAACGUAACCACAUUUGAAUCCACAAAGAAUUCUCUGUUCCGUACAAGUGAUAAAUUGAAGAGGGUGUAAGUGAAAUAAAUGAUAUACAAAAGGGCAUGAAAAGCAUCAAAAAAUCAUUUUAUAAGAGAGAAAAGAAAAUUAGUCUAAAUGGCCGAUUAUACAUUGCAUGCCAUGUUUUUCAUUUUGGGUGUCGUGUUUCCCUUCUUUGUCUGUACGUAUACCUUCAUCAGCUUGUAACACUAAAGUAUUGUAUUUGGCCGGCAAGUGAAUGUCUUAUUCUAUUUCCUAUUGAUCCAAAAUCACGGCUCAAACUAGGGGAUUAAGUAAGGAUUACAUUUCUAGAUUUCCAGUUGUCAUUUAGGACAAUAUGAUUGUUUUAUUAAGCGUCUCAUUGCAAAUUGCAUGCAUUUUGCUGUAUCUACUAUAGUACUACUUAUUUUUGUAUUCCAUGUCUAAAUCAAUGCAACUAUAAACAACUAAAGUGUGGCCAAAUAUGCUUUUUGCAUGCUCUUAAACUAGCAGCUUCUCUUGACAAAUUUAACUCUAAAAAGAAAACUUGUGAUCUCUGUCAUACAGGUAAACUGCUUGAGAACACAGAAAACAUGUCCAGGCAUCAUCGAUGGCGCGAUUCAGUUAAAACCUUUUUCGGGAAUCAUGUUGAUCCUGAAAGGAAUGAAGAGCUGAGAGAAACCAAAGCAGUAAUCGAGGGCAACGUGCAUAAGAUCAUAAAGCUGCUUAAAGACGAGGGUGGAAAAGAACCACUGGCUAAUCUGAUUGAGGACUUCCACAAUCAGUACCAGUCUCUGUAUGCGCUUUAUGAUAAUCUGACGGAGGAGUUGACGAAAAAGGCAAACGGGAUACAUGAGAAUGACAAUUCCUUGUCCGGCUCUGAUUCCUCGGACUCAGAUGGUUCUACGCACAUGGGAAGAAGAGCCUCAAAAAAUGGCGUGGAUGCGAAUUUUGAAGAUGAGAAAGCUGCAUCUAUUAAGCAAGAAAUUGAAAUGGUUCUUUCUGAGAUUGCUGACUUGAAGAGGAAACAGGCAAUCACUGUUUAUGAAAAGGAAACGCUGCACGAGGAGUGCCAAAAUGCACUGAAUAAAACAAAGGAAUCAGAGACUCUCAUAGCUGAGUUGAAUUCCAAAGCUGAAAAACUGGAAGCCGAGAAUUCUAAACUUUCGGCUGAGAACACUGAUGUGAAAGUGGAACUGGAGAAUUCGGUUAAGCUACACGCCGAGUUCAACCAGAAGCUGGAAGAGAUGAAGAGCGAGAGAGAAAGCUUGAGUAUUGAAAAAGAUGCCGCCAUUGCCAAACAUGAAGAGCUACAGAAAGAGCUGGAAGCAGUCAAGAUAGAACUCUCUACUUCAAGGGAGAAACUAGAAUCAGUAGAAAGUGAAAUCAGUCUGCUGAGAGAGAUGCAAGGCAUUGCUAAAGACGAGAGAGCGAGUCUUACCUUAAAGAUUUUACAGUUUGAGGAUGAACUACAACAAGCUGAGAUCAAGUUUCAAGAGCUUGCAUCUGAAUCAAGCCAGUUAAGGGAAAGCUUGGGGGAGAAGGAAAGGGAGCUUUCAAGUCAUCUGGAGACUCACGAGGCUCACAAACAAGAAGCGAAAGAAAAACUGGAAUCAGCAGAAAGAGAAAUGGCCAAAGUAAAUCAGAUGCACAUUGCCUCUCGAGAGGAGAACAGUAGUCUCUCCUCCAAGAUUUCACAGCUUGAGGAAGAGAUAAAACAGGCUGUAAGAAAGAUUCAAGAUCUUAAUAACGAAUCCAGCAGGUUGAGGGAAAAUUUGGCUGAGAAAGAAAGGGAGCUUUCGACUCACCUUGUGAUUCACAACGCUCACAAAAAGGAAGCACUGGAGAAACUGGAGAAAGCAACAGUAGAAAUCACCAAGCUUAGUAAGAUGCAGAAGGAUGCUGAAGAGGAGAAUGGUAGUCUUAUUUCAAAGAUUUCACAGCUUGAGGAUGACAUGAGACAGGCUGAAAAAGAGAUUCAAGAUCUUAUUACCGAGUCAGGCAUGUUGAGUGAAAAUAUGGCUGAGAGAGAAAGGGAGCUUUCAACUAAUAUUGAUAUUCUAGAGGCUGAGAACGAUGAAGCACUCGAGAAACUGGAGACGGCAAAACAAGAAAUCACUAAGCUUCAUCAGACGCAUAAGGCUGCUGAGGAAGAGAAUAGUAAUCUGUCAUCAAAGAUUUCACAGCUUGAGGAUGAGAUCAAACAGGCUGAAAGCAAGAUUCAAGAUCUUAUUACCGAAUCUAACAAGUUGAGGGAAAAAACGGCUGAGCAAGAAAGAGAGCUUUCAAGUCACCUUGAAAUUCAUGAAGCUCACAAAAAAGAAGCAUGGGAGAAAAUGGAGACAGCAGCUGGAGAAAUCACAAUGCUUCAUCAGAUGCAUAAGGCUGCUGAAGACGAGAAAAUUAAUCUGUCUUCAAAGAUGUCACAGCUUGAGGAUGAAAUAAAACAGGCUGAAAGCAAGAUUGAAGAUCUUAUUACAGAAUCUAGCCAGUUGAGGGAAAAAUUGGCUGAGAAAGAAACUGAGCUUACAAGGAAUCUCAAGAUUCAUGAAGCUCACAAAAAAGAAGCACUGAAGAAAAUGGAGACAGCAGCUAGAGAAAUCACAAUGCUUCAUCAGAUGCAUAAGGCUACUGAAGACGAGAAAAUUAAUCUGUCUUCAAAGAUGUCACAGCUUGUGGAUGAAAUAAAACAGGCUGAAAGCAAGAUUGAAGAUCUUAUUACAGAAUCUAGCCAGUUGAGGGAAAAAUUGGCUGAGAAAGAAACUGAACUUACAAGGAAUCUCGAGAUUCAUGAAGCUCACAAAAAAGAAGCACUGCAGAAAAUGGAGACAGCAGCUGGAGAAAUCACAAUGCUUCAUCAGAUGCAUAAGGCUGCUGAAGACGAGAAAAUUAAUCUGUCUUCAAAGAUGUCACAGCUUGAGGAUGAAAUAAAACAGGCUGAAAGCAAGAUUGAAGAUCUUAUUACAGAAUCUGGCCAGUUGAGGGAAAGUUUGGCUGAGAAAGAAAGGGAGCUUUCGACUCACCUUGUGAUUCACGAGGCUCACAAAAAGGAAGCACUGGAGAAACUGGAGAAAGCAACGGUAGAAAUCACCAAGUUUAGUAAGAUGCAGAAGGAUGCUGAAGAGGAGAAUGGUAGUCUUAUUUCAAAGAUUUCACAGCUUGAGGAUGACAUGAGACAGGCUGAAAAAGAGAUUCAAGAUCUUAUUACAGAGUCAGGCAUGUUGAGUGAAAAUAUGGCUGAGAGAGAAAGGGAGCUUUCAACUAAUAUUGAUAUUCUAGAGGCUGAGAACGAUGAAGCACUCGAGAAACUGGAGACGGCAAAACAAGAAAUCACUAAGCUUCAUCAGAUGCAUAAGGCUGCUGAGGAAGAGAAUAGUAAUCGGUCAUCAAAGAUUUCACAGCUUGAGGAUGAGAUCAAACAGGCUGAAAGCAAGAUUCAAGAUCUUAUUACCGAAUCUAACAAGUUGAGGGAAAAAACGGCUGAGCAAGAAAGAGAGCUUUCAAGUCACCUUGAAAUUCAUGAAGCUCACAAAAAAGAAGCACGGGAGAAAAUUGAGACAGCAGCUGGAGAAAUCACAAUGCUUCAUCAGAUGCAUAAGGCUGCUGAAGACGAGAAAAUUAAUCUGUCUUCAAAGAUGUCACAGCUUGAGGAUGAAAUAAAACAGGCUGAAAGCAAGAUUGAAGAUCUUAUUACAGAAUCUAGCCAGUUGAGGGAAAAAUUGGCUGAGAAAGAAACUGAGCUUACAAGGAAUCUCGAGAUUCAUGAAGCUCACAAAAAAGAAGCACUGCAGAAAAUGGAGACAGCAGCUGGAGAAAUCACAAUGCUUCAUCAGAUGCAUAAGGCUGCUGAAGACGAGAAAAUUAAUCUGUCUUCAAUGAUGUCACAGCUUGAGGAUGAAAUAAAACAGGCUGAAAGCAAGAUUGAAGAUCUUAUUACAGAAUCUAGCCAGUUGAGGGAAAAUUUGGUUGAGAAAGAAAGGGAGCUUUCGACUCACCUUGUGAUUCACGAGGCUCACAAAAAGGAAGCACUGGAGAAACUGGAGAAAGCAACAGUAGAAAUCACCAAGCUUAGUAAGAUGCAGAAGGAUGCUGAAGAGGAGAAUGGUUGUCUUAUUUCAAAGAUUUCACAGCUUGAGGAUGACAUGAGACAGGCUGAAAAAGAGAUUCAAGAUCUUAUUACCGAGUCAGGCAUGUUGAGUGAAAAUAUGGCUGAGAGAGAAAGGGAGCUUUCAACUAAUAUUGAUAUUCUAGAGGCUGAGAACGAUGAAGCACUCGAGAAACUGGAGACGGCAAAACAAGAAAUCACUAAGCUUCAUCAGAUGCAUAAGGCUGCUGAGGAAGAGAAUAGUAAUCUGUCAUCAAAGAUUUCACAGCUUGAGGAUGAGAUCAAACAGGCUGAAAGCAAGAUUCAAGAUCUUAUUACCGAAUCUAACAAGUUGAGGGAAAAAACGGCUGAGCAAGAAAGAGAGCUUUCAAGUCACCUUGAAAUUCAUGAAGCUCACAAAAAAGAAGCACGGGAGAAAAUGGAGACAGCAGCUGGAGAAAUCACAAUGCUUCAUCAGAUGCAUAAGGCUGCUGAAGACGAGAAAAUUAAUCUGUCUUCAAAGAUGUCACAGCUUGAGGAUGAAAUAAAACAGGCUGAAAGCAAGAUUGAAGAUCUUAUUACAGAAUCUAGCCAGUUGAGGGAAAAAUUGGCUGAAAAAGAAACUGAGCUUACAAGGAAUCUCAAGAUUCAUGAAGCUCACAAAAAAGAAGCACUGAAGAAAAUGGAGACAACAAUUGGAGAAAUCACAAUGCUUCAUCAGAUGCAUAAGGCUACUGAAGACGAGAAAAUUAAUCUGUCUUCAAAGAUGUCACAGCUUGAGGAUGAAAUAAAACAGGCUGAAAGCAAGAUUGAAGAUCUUAUUACAGAAUCUAGCCAGUUGAGGGAAAAAUUGGCUGAGAAAGAAACUGAGCUUACAAGGAAUCUCGAGAUUCAUGAAGCUCACAAAAAAGAAGCACUGAAGAAAAUGGAGACAGCAGCUGGAGAAAUCACAAUGCUUCAUCAGAUGCAUAAGGCUGCUGAAGACGAGAAAAUUAAUCUGUCUUCAAAGAUGUCACUGCUUGAGGAUGAAAUAAAACAGGCUGAAAGCAAGAUUGAAGAUCUUAUUACAGAAUCUAGCCAGUUGAGGGAAAAAUUGGCUGAGAAAGAUACUGAGCUUACAAGGAAUCUCGAGAUUCAUGAAGCUCACAAAAAAGAAGCACUAGAGAAAAUGGAGACAACAGCUGGAGAAAUCACAAUUCUUAGUCAGAUGCACAAGGCUGCCGAAGAUGAGAAAACCAAUCUGUCUUCAAAGAUGUCACAGCUUCAGGGUGAAAUAAAACAUGCUGAAAGCAAGAUUGAAGAUCUUAUUGCAGAAUCUAACCAGUUGAGGGAAAAAUCAGCCAAUCAAGAAAGAGAACUUGCAAGUCACCUUGAGAUUCAUGAAGCUCACAAAAAAGAAGCACUGGAGAAAAUGGAGACAGCAGCUGGUGAAAUCGCUAAGCUGAGUCAGAUGCACAAGGUCGCUGAUGACGAGAAAACUAAUCUGUCUUUAAACAUUUCACAGCUUCAGGAUGAGAUAAAACAGGCUGAGAACAAGAUUCAAGAUCUUAUAACCGAAUCAAGCCAGUUGAGGGAAAAAUUGGCUGAGAAAGAAACUGAGCUUACAAGGAAUCUCGGGAUUCAUGAAGCUCACAAAAAAGAAGCAUGGGAGAAAAUGGAGACAGCAGCUGGAGAAAUCACAAUGCUUCAUCAGAUGCAUAAGGCUGCUGAAGACGAGAAAAUUAAUCUGUCUUCAAAGAUGUCACAGCUUGAGGAUGAAAUAAAACAGGCUGAAAGCAGGAUUGAAGAUCUUAUUACAGAAUCUAGCCAGUUGAGGGAAAAAUUGGCUGAGAAAGAAACUGAGCUUACAAGGAAUCUCGAGAUUCAUGAAGCUCACAAAAAAGAAGCACUAGAGAAAAUGGAGACAGCAGCUGGUGAAAUCGCAAUGCUUAGUCAGAUGCACAAGGCUGCUGAAGAUGAGAAAACCAAUCUGUCUUCAAAGAUGUCACAGCUUCAGGGUGAAAUAAAACAGGCUGAAAGCAAGAUUGAAGAUCUUAUUACAGAAUCUAAUCAGUUGAGGGAAAAAUCAGCCAAUCAAGAAAGAGAACUUGCAAGUCACCUUGAGAUUCAUGAAGCUCACAAAAAAGAAGCACGAGAGAAAAUGGAGACCGCAGCUGGAGAAAUCGCUAAGCUGAGUCAGAUGCACAAGGCCGCUGAAGACGAGAAAACUAAUCUGUCUUCAAACAUUUCACAGCUUCAGGAUGAGAUAAAACAGGCUGAGAACAAGAUUCAAGAUCUUAUAACCGAAUCAAGCCAGUUGAGGGAAAAAUUGGCUGAGAAAGAAACGGAGCUGACAAGGAAUCUCGAGAUUCAUGAGGCUCAAAAAAAGGAAUUAACAGAGAAACUUGAGACAGCAGAAGAAGAAGUCUCUAUGCUUAGUCAGAAGCAAAAGGCUGUUGAGGAGGAGAAUGCUAGUCUGUGUUUAAAGAUUUCACAUCUUGAGGAUGAGAUAGAACAUGCUAAACACAAGAUUCAUGAUCUUGUUUCGGAAUCAAGUCAGUUGAGUGAAAGGUUGGCUGAUAAAGAAAGGGAGCUUUCAAGUCAUCUUGAGAUUCAUGAGGCUCAGAAGAAGGAACUAACGCAGAAACUAGAGACCGCAACAGAAGAAAGCGCUAAGCUCAGUCAGAAGCAAAAGGCUGCUGAAGAGGAGAAUACCAGUCUGUCUUCAAAGAUUUCACAGCUUGAGGAUGAGAUUAGACAGGCUGAAAACAAGAUUCGUGAUCAUGUUGCCAAAUCAAGCCUGUUGAGUGAAAAUUUGGCUGUUAAAGAAAGGACUCUUUCAAAAAACCUCGAGAUUCAUGAGGCUCACAAAAGGGAAGCAACGGAGAAACUGGAGAAAGCAGCAAAAGAAAUAACUAAGCUGAGUCAGAUGCAAAAGGCUACUAAAGAGGAGAAUACUAGUCUCUCCUCGAAGAUUUUGCAGCUUGAGGAACAGAUCAAACAGGCUGUAAGCAAGAUUCAAGGUCAUGUUACUGAAUCUAGCCGGGUGAGGGAAAAUUUGGCUGAGAAAGAAAAGGAGCUUUCAAGACACAUUCAGAUUCACGAGGCCCAAAAAAAGGAAGCAAAGGAGAAACUGGAGACAGCAGCAAAAGAUAUCACCGAGCUGAGUCAGAAGCUAAAGGCUUCUGAAGAGGAUAAUACUAUUCUUAAUUCAAAGAUAUCACAGCUUGAGGAGGAGAUAAGUAAUGCAGAAUAUGAGAUUCAAGAUCUUAUUACUGAGUCCGGCAUGGUGAGUGAAAGUCUGGCUGAGAAAGAAAGGGAGCUUUCAAUUCACCUUGAUAUUCAUGAGGAUUACAAAGAGGAAGCAACGGAGAAACUGGAAAGGGCAGCCGAAGAAAUCACUAAGCUCAGUGAGAUGCAAAAGGCUGCUGAAGAGGAGAAUUCCAGUCUUACCUUGAAGAUUUCACAGCUUGGGGAUGAUUUAAGACAGGCUGAAAACAGAAUUCAAGAUCUCAUUACGGAAUCUAGCCAGUUGGCUAAAACGUUGGAAGAAAAAGAAAGAGAGUUUUCAAGCCACCUGGAGAUUCAUGAGUCCCUCAAGGAACAAGCAUCAACUCGUACAAGGGAAUUGGAGCUGGAACUUGAUUCAUCGCACGUUCAAAGAAGAGAUAUUGAGAAACAGAAAGAUUAUGAAAUCUCUGCUCUUCUUCAGAAACUGGAAGAUCAACAAAAGUCAUCAUUAGCCCAAGUAAAUGAUCUAAAAGAGCAGAUCAACAACAUUCGAGCUGAAGUAAGCAGUCUCCAAGAGCAAAUAGGUUCUCUGGCUGCUCUAAAAAGUGAGGCAGAUAUCAGUCUCGACAUAAAGGCUGGAGAAAUAUCAGAGCUCCUGCUACAGAUUGUAAAUCUAAAAGAAGAAGUAUCAAGCAAAACUGGUGAAGGAGAAAAGUUACUUGAAGAGCAGAAAUCACUAGAAGAGAGAAUUGCUACGCUUUCAGGGAUCAUUCAAACCUAUAAAGAGGCUCAAGUGAGAGUGAUUGGAGAGAUAUCACAUAAGAUGAACGACACUCUGACAGGCAUAAUAGAUGCAUUCAACAUGAAGUUUGAGGAAGACUACGGCCACAUAGAGUCUCGAAUAUACAAAAUAGUGAACGAGCUCAAGAUCACAACAAACUGCAUCAAAGAUAGUAACAUCGAGAAAGAUCAGCUGAGGAAGGAAAUCGCCAUCUUGUCCCAACAACUGAAUGAUGAUAAAGGUAAUGGUGAGCACCUCAAGGGAAGGAUGGCUGAACUGGAAAUUGCAUUGAUGAAAAAAGAGGAUGAAAAGGACUGCUUGAUCAAAACUGUAUUAGAGAGGGAGGCGAAGAUGGAAGAGCUAGAGAAAAUAGUAGCGGAAAGGGAUGAGAAAAUCGGAGAGUUGGAGAUGAAGAUGAAGGAGAACCGGACCGGAUUCGAUAGAUUGUUUGAGGAGAAAAGAGAGGCCAUAAGACAGUUGUGCAUAUGCAUUGAAUACCACCGCAGUUGCAACGACGAGCUUAAAGAUAUGAUCGUAAAAACAAGAAGAAGGUAGAUCCCCUGCUUAAUGCAUUGAGAGAAAUUUGCUCCCUCUCUCUCUGCAUGCACUGUUGUUAUACUUCUAGAUGUUGUUGCAGUAGCUAUAUCAUUUUUUGGGGGUCAAGAUAGGAUGUGUAUAGCUAUUUGUUUUAGUUUCUACAGUCAUUAUUCAGUUCAACUCUUGUGUCCGAGUACAGCAAAUAUUUGCUUCGUGAUAUUAUCACAAUGUAUUUUUUGUCCA